AUGUCGCUGGCCGCAGGCAGAGGCGGCUAUGGCCCUAUGAUCGCAGACGACGAAGAUCCGAUCAUGUCGAAUGCCACCUCGAUGCGCGACGACGACUUGUUCGAUGAUCUGAUUGAUUAUUCCGGGGCCAGCCCAGACACGCUUCAGCGACUCGACACCGCCCGUAAAGACGAAGGACGCGAAGCUGAAUUCGCAUAUCAGAAAUCUCCAGAAAGUCCCUAUCAUGAGUACUCUGAUGAUUCGGCUGGUUCCCUGUCACGGCAAGAGGGCAAGAAAACCGCAUCCCGGGAAUGGUCGCCCCAGGCGAUGGAAGAAGGCGACCUCGCCAUGCUCGACUUUUCGACACAUGCUCCGCUCGACGACGAAUCUGGCCAUGCCGCGAUCGAGCUUCCAACUUCUCAACCAACGUCAUUCGAGGAAAUUUUUAGACAACACCAAGACUCCGAUAAGAUGAAUGGAGAGCACAAGACCGCGCUCUCCUGGAUGAACGAGACACCGACGACAACGUCCAACAGCGGCGCAGCCAAGGCCGGGCACCUCUCUCCGCCAUCCGGAUCAUGCUACCGCGAUGUCUUUGACCCAGAUUCUAGAGAUUCUACGCCAAGCUCAGGUAUCAGUCCCAUCUACAAUACCCCCUCCCCCGCGGGACAGCCAAGCGAAGUGAAACGGUCCACCUCGCCCAACGUCAGUCGACAAAAGUCGCCCAACGGCCAAAAUUUCAUGCCAACGGAGCCAACCCUGCUUAAACAGAAUUCCAUGGCACGUUAUCCGGUUCCCAUAACGGAGCAAGUAGUCAUGCCUCCUCAGUUCGCUCAGGGAAUGAAUGGGUUUGGGGGACCCCAGCAGAUGCAGUUUCCCCAGCUUGCAAUGCCAGCCAUCCCAAGAGCUCCGAUGCCGACGUCCCGGCAACCGACUCAAUAUCAAUUGAUCGUUCCUGGGAGUCCACGCAAGUCACGAGUGGAGACACAGAUACCUUUGAAGCUUGUCCUGGUGCCAGCACCGCCCGGGGUCACAAAGAUCCAUCUGCCCCAUGCUCAGAUUGCGAAGCCAAAGCUGCAGACGCGACCCGCGCCGGCCAAGAACCCGAACAUGCUUGAACUCACCACGUCCGUUGUGUGUACUAGCGCUAUGCGGCAGAAGGACUUGAAAGAGAUGGCCAUGGCCAGGGCCCGCACCAAUGGCCCCGAUCACCUGGCCCCUGAGAGUGAAGAUAACAAAAACUCUGCACAGCAAUAUGGCGCUGAGGUGCGAAUCUGCGAAAACUGUAUGAAGCGGGAGAAGAAGCGAGCCGAGCGCAAGAAAGUCAAGAAUCCAGAGGAAGAACAGGCAUGGUUAGCCGACCAAGUUCAUCGCGUUCUUGUCUUCAAUGGCCACGAAGUCAAGGAUUGGGAGAAGACGACACACAUGGACGGGUUUGCCGACGCUCUCAAGCUCGAGGUUCCAAUACGCAUCGCGUGCUAUUGCCGACAUCAUGGGGAGAAGAUGGGGUUCAACAUCAUCUUCACGCUCAAAGACUACCAGGGCAAUGUUGUGACUCAAGCAAUGUCCGAUGCCAUCAUGAUUACGGACGACCACAAGACCAUUGCGGCAGGCAGCGAACCGCCGCAGUCGGAGCCAAGCUUGGGCGCCGAUGGCUUCUAUCCCCUGGCAUCGGCCGAGUCCCUCCCUACCCGAACAGCGCCGCAACCUUCCAUGGCGAAUGGCCCACCUGCGCCUCUCAACCCACUCGCUGUACCUGCCCCUGCUGGUUCAAGCAGCGCCAAUCGCGGCCCAGGGAAGACGAGCACCCAGCGACCAGGGCGAUCUCGCCCAGCCUCGCCCGUGCGUGACGGUCCAACGGCCAAGAAGAGGAAGUCAAGUUCGAGCUCGGGGAAGAUACCAAAGGGCCUGGUCAUGACGCCCAGACAUCAGCAUCCACAACAGCCGCCGCCGCCGACCGCAAAUGGCGUGCAGUCUCAGCGCUCAGCUCCUACUUCACCCUUCGACCCGUCACUGGGGAAUUUGCCGGUGCAAGAGACCGCCUUCCCGACAGUCAACAAUACCAGCCCCCCGUCCAUGCCGCAGUCGCAGCAAGAGUUUGGCACAUUCUCCCCAUCCUCCACCGAGACCCUCGCAUUCGGUGAAAGCCAUCGCUCUAGCAUGGACAGCAUGGCUCGACCACCUCUUUACUCCGCUCCACAAUCUCACCAGCCUAGCCGUGCACCGAGCCCCGGCUCGAUGAUGUUCAAUGGGCUACGGGCGCCCCACCAGAACGAGUUUAAUCAACUCAUGAUAGAGAAUGCGUUUGGCGUCACGACUCCUCGUACGCGUGACAAUGGUGCUCCCGUUAUCAACAAGAUCCUGCCGCAAGAAGGACCCAUUGAAGGCGGGACAGAGGUCACCCUGCUGGGCAGCAACUUCCAGAAUGGCAUGGCUGUCUACUUUGGCACCACGCCGGCGGUGACCACGACGUGGUGGGGAACCAGUGCCGUUGUUUGCAUGACACCGGCAACCAACAACCCCGGCCCAGUUCCUGUCAUCUGCCAGGCCAGCCCUGCGCACGAACAAGAGUGGAGGAACAAAGUCCCCCCCAUGUUCAAGUAUGUCGACAGCUCAGAGACGCAACUGAUGCGCCUGGCUCUGCAAUGUAUUGGUGGGAAGAUGACGGGGCAGGAAUGCGACCCUACGCAUAUCGCGCGUUCGAUCCUGCACCAGCACACUGGACCACAAGGCGCAGGCCAGUCUGGUGGACCUUCGCCAUCGAGCGGCGGUGCCGGCAACAUGUACAGUCGCGGCGUCAACGACGGUGACACGGAACAACAGCUGCUCAAGUGCCUCGAUGUGAUCGACCUGGACGACAGCCCCUACUCGGCAGACUUUGAAAUCAAGACCUCCAGCGGCCAGACGAUGUUGCACUUGGCCUGCUCUCGCGGCUAUCUCCGCUUCACGGCCGCUCUGCUAGCGAGGGGGGCCAACCCCAACGAACUGGACCACGGCCACUGCACGCCCCUGUUCCACGCUUCACUGCGCGGUCGUCAAGAAGUUGUGAAGCGGCUGUUACUCGCUGGCGCCGGCCCCAGGGUGCGCAACAAGGGAGGCCUCACGCCGCUCGAAGUUGCUGCCACCGACGAGAUUGCGGAGAUGAUGAGGUUCCACGGCCCUGUGCGCUCUGCCAGCGGCGAUUUCUCACACAGCAGGGCCAACAGCCGGGCCAGCAGUGUGAGCUCGCUCCGGUCGCUGAUUGAGCCCAUGAGCAGGAUCACGAGCCACGCUCGCUAUUCCGGGGAAGAAAGUCCCGAGUAUACCACUGGCGACUUUGAGGACGAAGAUCCUGAUGAGAAUGUCUACAUGGACAUGCGUCGACCCAGCCUCCGCAAAGCCGAUUUGCUCAACCAGGUUCCGAGGCCUGAUCUGCGGACGGACGCGGAGGCUGCCCACCCAGCCCCUGGCACGCUCGCCGACCUCAAGGAGCAAUUCCAGCAGCAGCUGAACCAGCUACAGCAGACAAUGGCCCUGCAUUUGCAGAACCUGCCUCAUCUGCCACAGAUGCCCCAUAUGCCCGCCCUUCCCGGUAUGGCAGGCUUGCCUGAUUACCAAGCCUACUUCCAGCAGGCCCCUCUCAUGCGACGCAUGACACAAUACAUGCCUGGGAGGAACGGCAACCGACCAGAGUCGCCGGACGGAUCCUCCAGCCCCAAGCUGGACCACAAAUGGUGGGAUCUUUCAGCACUGAUGAACCCCAGCGCUGCUGCUCUUCCGCCGCCGGCCUACGAGGAGAUCUUCCCUGUGCCAAAUGUGGACGAAAAGAUGGCCGGCGCUGCGGGCGCUGCUGCAGAGAUGGAGGCUGACGAGAAAUGUGCGGCUCUGUACGAUCAGCCAUUGUCAUCAUCUUCUGCCGCUGCGGGUGUCACGACCACCGUUGACGAUUCUAUCGCUCUUGAGCCAACUGCCGCCGAGAGGGCAGAGCUGCCAAGCGUCCUCAAGAUCGGGCGCAAGAACGACAUGACCAAAGAGCAGCAGGAGCACCUACUCCGCGCGAGGGAAGAAAAGCUGAAGAGAAUCAGUGCCGACCGCAAUUUGUUCUUCAUUUGGAUUCCCCUCCUUGUGCUCGCAGUAUGCGCCAUGCUGUACAGUUCUUUCCCUGGGCUGUUUGGUGCCGUUGCUAGCUUGGGCAUGCUCGGCGCCCGCAAGGCCGCCGGUGCCACCGCCAGGCUCGCUUCCAGCAUCAGGCGCGAGGACAGGGUGAUCGAAACUUGA